AUGAUGAAAGUGUUGAUUUUGUGGGUUCAUUUCCUUUCACUUAUAUGGCUCUCACAGAUAGUGACAGCAAAUUAUUUCGCCAAAUAUGGUAUUUUCACUCCUGCAGUACCAGCACCAUAUACUCCGGUGGUCUCAUUACCCCCACUGAUUGAUCCGAGGCCGCCAAUGCUGAGCCCACCACCGACAUCACCGCCACCACCACGGGGACCACCAACACCGACCCCUAGACCACCAAAUCCUAGACCACCAAAUCCUCCUAGACCACCACGGGUUGUGAAAUGCCGGUUACGCGAGUUUCGGUUCUGCUUUGGCGUCGAGCUCCCCUGCCCAGCUGCAUGCCCUAAUAGCUAUUGCGAUUUUCCUGGAGCUGUUUGUCAAGACCCCCGCUUCGUAGGAGGUGAUGGCGUUACCUUCUACUUCCACGGCCGCAAAGAUCGAGAUUUCUGCCUCGUUUCCGAUUCCAAUCUUCACAUCAACGCUCACUUCAUCGGAAAGCGAAACCCCAAACUAAAAAGAGAUUACACUUGGGUGCAAUCCAUAGGAAUCCUAUUCAACAACCACAAACUUAUCGUAUCUGCUAAAAGAACAUCCAAGUGGGAUGACAACGUCGAUCGCCUCGCCAUAACUGUCGAUGACAAGCCUCUUGAGCUGCCAAAAGCCGAAGCUUCCACGUGGCAUGCACCUCAUGCAACUCCAUCUUUUACUAUUUCAAGAACCAGCAAGACAAACAGUGUUGAAGUUGAAGUGGCUGAUGGUUUUAGGGUUAGGGCAACUGUGGUCCCGAUAACAGAACACGAAUCCAAGGUGCACAACUAUGAGAUUAAUACGAGUGAGGAUUGUUUCGCGCAUCUUGAGCUGGAAUUCAAGUUCUAUAAUCUGACAGAUGGUGUGGAUGGAGUAUUAGGGCAGACUUACAGAAGCAAUUAUGUGAGCAAAGCAAAGAUUAGCUCCGCGAUGCCGGUGAUGGGGGGUACCGAGAAAUAUAUGUCAUCUGAUCUGUUGUCAACGGACUGUGCUGUUUCUAGGUUUGGCAGUGUUGGGGCCGAGAUUUCGAAGAAGAAGGGAAAUGAGUCUGAGUAUUCUGCCUUGCGCUGCAGCAGUGGGAUUAAAGGAAAUGGAAUUGUAUGCAAAAAAUAG